CAAGGUGCCAGCGGAGCGGAGGCGCCGCCGCUCGCGCUCCGCCGCCCUCCCGCCCGCAGAAGUUUGACUCGGGAGCAGCGGAGCCGCCCGGGCCGCCGCGGCGGGGCAGGGACUCGCGGCGGGAGACGCCGCGCCUGAGGCCGCCGCGGGACGGGGGUCGCCUCCAGCGGGACGCCGGCGGCGGUAGCGUUGCUCCGGGAGCCGCCCCGCCCGCGACAUGGCAGCGCGAUCCCGGAGACCCUGGUUGAGCGUGGUGCUGGGGCUGGUGCUGGGUUUCACCGCCGCCUCCUGGCUCAUCGCCCCUAGAGUGGCCGAGCUCAGCGAGAAGAAGCGGCGUGGCGCCAGCCUCUGCUCCUACUACAGCCGCGCGGCAGGGCCGGGGGCGGCCCGGGGCGCGGCGGCGGCGGGCGGGCAGCAGGCGCCGCCGGAGGCAGCGGCGGUGCUGGGCGGCACGAGUUUCAGGAGCAGCCCCUGGGAGCUGCCGCCGGCGGCGGCGGAGGGCACGGUCUCCAGCCCCGCUGCCGGCGGGGAAGGGGAGCCGGAGGAGGAGGACGAAGGCGGCGAGAAGCGGAGCGGCCGGCCUGGCGGCAGCCACAACGGGAGCGGGGACUGGGGGGGCGGCCAGGGCUGCACCAAGCCCCGCAACUUCCUCUACGUGGGGGUGAUGACGGCCCAGAAGUACCUGGGCAGUCGGGCGGUGGCGGCGCAGCGGACGUGGGCGCCCUCGGUGCCGGGCCGCGUGGAGUUCUUCUCCAGCCAGGGCUCCGCCGCGCCCCCCGGGGUGCCCCCGCUGCCCGUCGUCGCCCUGCCAGGAGUGGACGACUCUUACCCGCCGCAAAAGAAGUCUUUCAUGAUGAUUAAGUACAUGCACGAUCACUACCUGGACAAGUACGAGUGGUUCAUGCGGGCGGACGACGACGUCUACAUUAAAGGUGAAAAAUUGGAGGAGUUUCUUCGCUCACUGAACAGCAGUAAACCUCUGUAUUUGGGGCAGACUGGUCUGGGUAAUAUUGAAGAACUUGGAAAACUCGGGCUGGAGCCUGGAGAAAACUUCUGCAUGGGAGGGCCGGGAAUGAUCUUCAGCCGGGAGGUUCUCCGGAGGAUGGUGCCACAUAUAGGUGAAUGCCUUCGAGAAAUGUACACCACCCAUGAGGACGUGGAGGUGGGCAGGUGUGUCCGCAGGUUUGGAGGAACUCAGUGCGUUUGGUCAUAUGAGAUGCAGCAGUUGUUCCACGAAAACUAUGAACACAACCGCAAGGGUUAUAUUCAAGAUCUUCACAACAGCAAGAUUCACACAGCCAUAACACUUCAUCCGAACAAAAGACCAGCCUACCAAUACAGGCUGCACAAUUACAUACUGAGUCGCAAAAUUUCCGAACUGCGCCAUCGGACCAUCCAGCUCCAUCGAGAAAGUGUUCUAAUGAGCAAGCUCAGUAACACUGAAGUAAAUAAGGAAGAUCAGCAACUGGGAGUGAUGCCAUCUUUCAAUAAUUUCCAGCCACGUGAAAGGGAUGAAGUAAUUGAGUGGGAGUUCCUGACAGGAAAGUUUCUUUACUCAAUGGUGGAGAACCAACCACCCCGGCAGAGCCUGAGCAGUGUCCUGCGGGCUGCACUGGAUGAUAUGGUAAUGCAAGUCAUGGAAAUGAUAAAUGAGAACUCCAGAUCUAGAGGAAGGCUCAUUGAUUUCAAGGAAAUACAGUAUGGCUACCGCAGGGUAGACCCUCUGCAUGGAGUGGAGUACAUCCUGGAUUUACUGCUUUUGUACAAAAGGCACAAAGGAAGGAAAGUUACAGUUCCAGUGAGACGCCAUGCUUACCUUCAGCAAUUGUUUAGCAAACCUUUCUUCAAAGAAGCAGAGGAGCUGGAUGUAAAAAGCUUGCUGGAGGACACCAACACUGACACUCAAUCUUUCUCUUUCCUUUCAAAUUCUUUAAAGAUUUUUUCCUCAUCAUUCCAAGGCACCAAAGACAUUGGGGAACACAGUGACAAGAAAAUACAUAUUCUUGUCCCUAUCACGGGAAGAUUUGAUACUUUCUCAAGAUUUAUGGAUAACUUUGAGAAGACUUGUCUGAUUCCCAGACAGAAUGUAAAAUUGGCAAUAAUUCUCUUCAGUUCUGAGUCAGGCCAAGACUCUAGCAAACACAUAGAGCUAAUGAAAGAAUACAGCAUUAAGUAUCCCAAGGCAGAUAUGACCCUGAUUCCAAUGUCAGGAAAGUUUUCUAGAGGUUUAGGUCUUGAGAUGGCCUCGUCUCAGUUUGACAAUGACACUUUGCUGCUGUUCUGUGAUGUUGAUCUAGUAUUCACAUCAGACUUCCUCCAGCGAUGCAGAGAUAACACUAUUCAGGGAGAACAGGUUUACUACCCUAUCAUCUUCAGCCAGUAUGAUCCAAAAGUAAUAUAUGGAGGCGAUCCUCCAGCUGACAGUAGUUUUGUUUUCACAAAAAGAACUGGAUUUUGGAGGGAGUAUGGAUUUGGAAUUACCUGUAUUUACAAAAGUGAUCUACUUACUGCUGGUGGAUUUGAUACCUCGAUUCAAGGCUGGGGACUUGAGGAUGUAGACCUCUUUACUAAAGUGAUAACAUCUGGCUUGAAGGCUUUCAGAAGUCAGGAAGUAGGAGUUGUCCAUAUUUUUCAUCCUGUUCAGUGUGACCCAAAUUUAGAUCCGAAACAAUAUAAAAUGUGUUUAGGGUCCAAAGCAAGUACAUUUGCCUCUGCCAUGCAGCUCGCUGGACUCUGGCUACAGAAACAUUUGGGUGUCAGGUACAACUGGACUCUCUCCUGACAGCUUAGCCUAUUUGGCCUUUUUUGGGGAGUUUACCUCAUUGCUAUUAUUUGAUUUUGCUGUCAUAGUUUUAAACUCCCUCCUUGUAGUCUUCCAAAGACUUUUGACCUCAAACAGGAUGACCCUGCUGUUCACUGAUGUUUCUUAUACCUACUGAACUGGUGAGGUGAAUUCCUUCAUAUUUCCUUUAUUUGAAAUUCAGUCUAGUUAUGGAAAUCAUACAAGUCCAUGGAGCAUAUCCAUCACAAGAGACUGUGUCAGAAGAACAUUGUUUUUCAGCUUUUGAAUUCAGUAUCAUCUUUGUUUCAUUUCUCAGAUUUGAUGUGAUACAAAUAUUUACUGGUGAAGGUACCACAAAAGUGCUUUAUGCUUCUUCUGGGGAUGGAACUCUCUAAGAUAAACUUGAGUUUUAUAAUUUAUAUGAGGACUUAUAUGUAUAAACGCUACUUUUCUUCAUCUUUAGAAUUUUUAAAGUAAAUGAAUAACUAUAAUUGUACUUUUAUUUUUUAAAAGAAAAGAGUAAAGCUGAGGAGCUACUUGCAAAUACAACUGGUACUGGCUACCAAGGUCCUUAAAUGUCUUAUUAUUAAAACAAACUCCUCAUUGUUAUUCAGUUGAAGUGUAAAUGAACUUUAUUUUCACAACAAACAGGAUGUAAUCAAAUGCUCAUGUACACUUUGAAGAUUUUUGAGCCAACAUCCUUCAUUUGCAGGCAAGAAGAAACUAUGACUCAACAUGGUCAUUUAUGAUUAAGUGCAAGCAUACAGUAUUCUUAUUUUGAAACACAUAGUAUAAGUUGCUGUUUCUCUUUUUAGAAUGAGUCUCUAAUACAUGAUUUUCUUUUACAUUCCUUUCAUAAGGCUGCACUUCAGUGUUAAAAGUUAAAGCUCUAUUUUUUUUUUUUUUACAUUUUCCAUGAAUAUUGAUACUCAGUAGCAACUUGUUGUUAAAACUAAAGUAACUGUAGAAUAAUUAUUUAAGUUUCAAAAUUUACUAUUGCUGGUCAAGUUCCUUGCCAAUAUAUUUAUAUUAGUGGAGGUUGUAAGACUGUGUUCAGAUUUGUCUCUCCAAACAGCCUGAAGUUGUUAUAUUGUGGAUUCAUGAAGUAUUUAAAGUAAUACCAACAGGAGAAAUAAUAAAAUAAAUUUCUGUAUUUUAGAGACAUGUUUAUAUAGGGAUAUAUGUGUGUGUGUGUGUGUGUGCGCGUGUGUGUAUAUCCCUAUAUAUAUAGAUAUAUAGAGAGAGUAAUUUCAAAGUAUGUUCCGCUUUUCAGUUCAGACAGUGAUUUGUUACAAUCUUUGUUAUUUUUGCCACAUGCUUGGAACAUUUCAUGUUAUACUGUGGUAAGAGCUUAGAGAUAUUCAGGAAACCAUCAGAAUUCAGCUAAACUUAAAUUAUUACAGUGGGUACCUCUAAUAACCUCAGUACCCUUGAUUUCAAACUGUAUUUCAAACAUAGCUGGGCAAGAAAAAGCUUUAAGGUUUUCAGCUGUAACUGACUGCUUCUGUGUUUCCUUAAAAAAAAAACAACAAAAAAACAAACCCAAAACAAGAAGAGAUUGGAAUUCCUGGCACAUCUGUUUGUGUGAGGAUAUCCAGAUAAUUUCCUAAGGCAUGAAAAGGGUGUGUAGGUCAUUUAACAUCUGUUAUCUGUGGUUCUCUGUUCUAGACUUACCAUGCAAGGAAAAAGGCAACCCUGACAAGGAUUGAGUAAACUCAGUAUUAAAGGGCUGACCCUAGUUUGUUGUGUGCUUUAAAAAAGGCUAUUCCGUUGCCUUGGAGAAGGUAGUGAUUGUGGUAGAUGACAACAGUGAGUGUAAUUCAUGUUCAUACCAGCCCUCCUCAAGCAGAGCUCUGGGCUUGUUAUUCUCCUGGAGGCUCUUGCCUUCCUAGCCUAGUCUUGUUAGCUCAAAUGUCUGAUGAAAGAAAAAUUCAGUAUCACUUACAAAAUAAUUCCUGGAAAUUUUUCUUCAACUUGAGUGCAAAAGUCACACUUUGUUCAUUAAAAAAGCCAAGAACAAGGAACAUAUGAUUUAUUUGAUCAAUCUCAAUUAACCAAUGCAACUCAGAUUGUAAAUAUCAAAAACCAAUUGCCUGUUGAUAAAUGUUUGUGCUGAUUUCACAAACAAGAAAAAACCUAAUGACUUGCAAAGACAUCUAAGGAAAUCAUUGUCUGCUGGGAUGUAUUCCAGUACUUAUUUCAAUUGCUUAACUUAGUGGCCAGAAAGUAUUUGCUCAGCUCAAAGUAAAAUAGUAGAUUAGAACAAGCAAUGAAACCAAUCAUUCAGUGGGGAUAAAGAUGUAUACAGAGGGCUUGCAGGAUCAGGUCCUACAUUAUAUAAGCAAAAUGCUAGUAUUUACCAGUACAAAUAUUUAUUUAGUGUCUUGACUGAUUCAUUUGUUUAUAUGAUGAAUUACUUUGUUAAAAACCUGAUUAUAAAUGUUUAUUAUGAAAUGUUGCAUUGUCUUUUGAAAUAACUAUCCUGAGAUAACUUGAGAACUUGUGUUAGUUUGUCUAAGGAAUAAUAUGCCUUCUAAGGAGAUCAUAUUAAAAGAAAAAAAAAAGCACAAAAGUGUUAGAGUAAUGUUAUGUAUGCAUAGAUUAAGAUGGGAAUAUCUGUGUUAAUCAGUUGUUUGCUUUUGUCUAGUCUGAAUCAUAAUCUUGAUUGUAAAAUGAAAUUUCUAUGUAUAUAAUGUCCCUUUGUAAAUGCGUGACAAGUGAAUUCACAAUAGAACAUAACAACCAAUUUUUCCCCAAA